GAGGGAUGGAUGGGAGAGAAGGAGGAAAAGUGAAACAGAAGAAGAGGAAAGGUAGGGGUGCCGGUGGAGGCUCGCGCGGCUCUGUACCGACGUGCUCUUGCGCCAAUUCAUAACCUGCCUGUCAGGCAUCAGUCAUAGCGCGUCGAGAGAAAUGUACACAGCUGCGGCGGCGAGAGGAAGACGAGGAGAAGAUGGAAAAAUCCGAUUGCACCAGAUGUGGACACAGACUGCAGGAGGUGCAGCUUAUAUUAGAAUUGCAUAAAAAUCAGGAGCAUUAGACAGCUGAGGGAGAAGGUGUCCGUGAGUGGUGAACAGAACCGCGCGUAAAAGCAAGGACACAGAUGGUGUUUUGCAGGAUUGUGUAAAAUACUGCAAAAUCCCGGCCGCAAAAUCACGAUUAUAUUGAUCAUUGUAGGCAACUUUCUUUCUCCGUCCCAUCUCCUGAUAAUCCAACAUGUUUGUGCUUCCUUUCUCUGCAGUCUGAGCGCUCCAAACUGCGCCUUUUUUAGUCCAUUAGGAUUAAUUCCGCUUUUAGGAUUUCCUUGUUUUUGUCUCUACUGAGUUGUCCUUAAAAUAAAACCAAAAAAACAUCAAAUUUAUAAUCUUUCUCCCUCACCAAUUCUCUCUGCAUCCAGAGUUUUAACAGCGACCCACUCCUCACCUGUUAGAAUGCAUUUACGCUCUUAUGCUUAUACAUAAAGAAAGAGACGAAAUCCAGCACAUCACAACAAUCCACAACAGCCCCUGGGGGCAAUUAGUUAGUGGCAGCAUCAAACAAGCCCCCCUUCACCAAACCAACCUCUUCCAGCUGAAGAAUGAAGCGUGUAAUUCCCACAAACAAACGACUCAUUCAGAAAACAUUAAAAUGUCAAUAGUGGUUAAUCAAGUCUUCACGUGCUCAGAUAUGAAAGGCACAUUUGUAGAGCGUGACUAAAUGAACUUUGACAUACAACAUACUCAGGUGGCGAUUAACACAGCAGUGCACGAGACCCUCACUGAUGCAUUUAGUGAGAUACACAAAGUCAAAACUAGGCAGGGGCACAUAGCUGCUUUGGUAAAACUAACACUUUCUUAAAUUGAGUUUGGUGCUUUAAUAAAAUACUAAGAUGACUUUGAAUGAUAUGAUGCUUCUAAGAUAGAUCUGUAAAAAGUUGCCAGUCAAAAUCAUGGAUCUUUCCUCACUAAAUUUCUGACAAACACACCAGGUUCGUUUGAGCUACUGCUGUUGCGAGGACAGAAUCUCAACAUGCGCAAAAUGACAGAAUCGUACAUUUCCCAGGCUUUAACAGACCUCUAAGUUUUAUUAUCUCAUGCGUAAAACACAAGAAAUUUGUCUUUUUUUUUUUUCUAACAAUUCUCUAUCUUUAAUCUGUUUCAUUUCCACAAACAUUUCCCUGUUUUCAAAGUCAGUAACUCGCCUUCACACCGGUCCAGGCUGGAGGGAAUUAGGAAUGAUCAGACGCGCCUGUUGUGGUCCCCAUCAUCACCGCUACACACCUCCAAACCGCACCUGUCAACUAAAUGGACAUGUACUAGUAGAAACAUAUCUGAUGGGGGACAAUAAUAUUCCCCAUGAUAAAGGUUAUGAAUAACAUAUACCAGCACAUGAUAAAUGACAUAAGUUUUAUUCUAACAUGAAUAUGUAAACACGUUUCAACACUUUUCUGCGUAAUCUUCACGAGACAACUAGAUCUCAUUUAUGUAGUUUGGGGGAAACAGCUUAGCGCGUGCUCACACCUCACCAUAGUCAAUUGACAGCCUCGCACAUCUUUAAUUUUCUUGAUCAGAAACAGGUAAGGGCUUAAUUUUCCAAAUUGCCCACCAGAGCUGCUGAAGCGCCCUCUCCGGGUUCCGCCUCCAAUAUGCGUUGCUACUAGUAACACGACGGAGAGAGGGAGGGACUCUUGCACGAGGAGCGAAUAGGAGGGCAGAAAGGUGUUGAGUGACGUGGAGUCUUCCACCAAUCGGCGCGUUGGACCCACCUCUGUCGCAUGCCCAGCCUGCUGCCUAUAAAAGCACACUGACAGCUUGUAUAUCCAGUCUGAUCGCUGGUCUUUGACAGAAACAGGACUUAAAAGAAGCAAGAAAAUCUACACACAUACACAACCUCUCUCGCGCUUCGCUCAAACUCUUUGAAAAUGAAAGCAAUAAGCCCCGUGCGGUCCUUCCGGAAAAACAACGCGAACCUAACGGAGCACUCCUUGGGAAUCUCUCGGAGCAAGACCCCGGUGGACGACCCGCUCAGCCUGCUCUACAACAUGAACGACUGCUACUCCAAGCUGAAGGAGCUCGUGCCCAGCAUCCCCCAGAACAAGAACGUCAGCAAGAUGGAAAUCCUGCAGCAUGUCAUCGACUACAUCCUGGACCUGCAGAUCGCGCUGGACUCCAGUGUCGCACUCACCAGCCUGCAUCACCAGCCCGCGCGGCCGGGGCAGGCUCCAUCCAGGACCCCUCUGACCACCCUCAACACAGACAUCAGCAUCUUGUCAUUACAGUCCCCGGAGUUGCCAUCAGAGCUGAUGACAGAUGACAGCCGGACUCUGCAUCGUUAAAGCGGUGUUUGGUCAAGACGCAAAAACACACACAGGACCUGGGGAGCAGGACUUUCCUCCCCUCCCUCCUUCAUCACCUCCCCCCCUCCCACCCAACUUCAACCUCUGUCCUCCAGGCCUGGAUUUUUUCUUUUUUUCUUCUGACGCUGAAAUCAAGAGACUUUUGCUUAUUAUGGGACAAUCUUAUGUGAUGUGUUUUCUGUUUGGACACUUCAUUAUUUAACUUAAAGACUUUUUUUUAUUUGUGGGUCCUUUCUGGAAAAUGGAAGGCGCGUUAUAUUCCCGACAGUGGGAGGAAAAACGAGAUUAUUGUCACAAGGAUUAUUUCCACCCCCUCUUCCUCACUCCCUUGCCCCCUCUCCUUGUUGAAAUCUUCGCUUUUUUUGCGGAGGUGGGAACGUGAAUAGAAAAGACAACUUGGUUAGUUACUGUAAAAAGUUUAGUCUUGUCUUGUCAGAAUUGUUGGCACACGAAGGACUGGACGUUGUUUAAAAAAAAAAAAAAAAGUUAAAAUGAGAGAA